UUUUCUAGUUACGUAAGGGGAAUGGUGAUAAACAUCUGUAUUUGAUGUUUUUAUGUGUAUACGUGUUUGUUUUUCCUUAGAGAAUGGUUUUUCUUGCUUUCCCAUGAAGUACUGAACCCUAUGUACUGCCUAUUUGAAUAUGCUGGCAAGAGCAACUAUUGCCUGCAGAUAAAUCCAGCAUCAACAAUCAAUCCUGAUCAUCUUUCAUAUUUCUGUUUCAUUGGGCGCUUUAUUGCCAUGGCGUUGUUUCAUGGAAAAUUUAUUGACACUGGUUUUUCCCUGCCUUUCUACAAACGAAUGCUGAGCAAGAAACUUACUAUUAAGGACUUAGAAUCCAUUGAUACUGAAUUUUACAACUCUCUAAUUUGGAUAAGGGAUAACAACAUUGAGGAGUGUAACUUGGAAAUGUAUUUCUGUGUGGAUAUGGAGCUCUUAGGAAAAGUAACCUCACAUGAGCUGAAAUCAGGAGGUUCAAAUAUCCUGGUAACCGAGGAGAACAAAGAAGAAUAUAUUGGGUUAAUGGCAGAGUGGCGAUUUUCUCGGGGAGUUAGAGAACAAACCAAAGCUUUUCUUGAUGGUUUUAAUGAAGUUGUUCCUCUACAAUGGCUACACUAUUUUGAUGAGAAGGAGUUGGAGGUGAUGCUGUGCGGGAUGCAGGAGGUGGACCUGGCCGACUGGCAGCGCAACACCGUGUACCGGCACUACACCCGCAACAGCAAGCAGAUCGUCUGGUUCUGGCAGUUUGUAAAGGAGACGGACAAUGAAGUUCGCAUGCGACUUCUGCAGUUUGUUACUGGCACUUGCCGAUUACCACUGGGAGGAUUUGCUGAGCUUAUGGGAAGCAAUGGUCCUCAGAAAUUUUGCAUUGAAAAAGUUGGUAAGGAAACCUGGUUACCAAGAAGUCACACUUGUUUUAAUCGUUUGGAUUUGCCACCAUAUAAGAGCUAUGAACAACUAAAAGAGAAGCUGCUCUUUGCCAUUGAAGAAACAGAGGGAUUUGGUCAAGAGUAGAAGUGGCUUCUGGUUCAAAAGGAGAUCUUGCAAACUAGAAGGCCCAGCCAACUAAAAUGCACACUUAAUUGUAUAUAAGCUGUUUGUUCUGUACAGUGAUCUUUCUGGAACUCUAAAAGUAUAAUUGUUCUCCGUUCUUCCACAAAGAUAUGCAAAACAGUUCAGCCUUUUCUACUUUUAUUUAUUGCCCUUCCAAAUGACCAGAACCCCCCUCAUAAAUUUUGAAAGCAGACAAAAGACUUAUUUAAGAUAUAUAUUAAAAAUAUAAAUAUAUAUACUAAUGGGCUCUAGUUUUAUAGAGCUUGAAGUGUAUGAAACAUUGCAGCCAUUUAAAAGGGCCUGGAUUUGCUUUAUCUUGGCUUUAUUAUUCAGAAGAAAUGUUUAAAACUGCUCUGUGUUCUCUCUCAACAUUUCCAAGUUUGUUUUAUUGCAUGGCUGUUCUAAAAGGAGUUAAAGGCUUAGGCCACACGUAUCCUAAAUAUGUAGAAAGAUGCUGCUGGUAUUUGAGAUGACGGAAUAUGUUGUUCUGUCAGUUUAACUAUUUUGAAACACAUAAAUAGCUGAUAUAUCCCUCCCUCUACUAUAGUGAUGUAGCCAAGGUCAUGAAUAAAGCCUUUAUGACUUGCACAAGAGUCAUGUAUAAUAAGAUGAAUGUGAUUUCAUGUUGAAAGAAAUUGGUGCCACUGUUCUGACUUAUUGUAGGAGCUGAACAGAAUAUUUUAAUUCAUUUGAGCAGCAUUGAAAUUUGUUUACAUAUUACCUUGGGUUAUUGCCACGAGGAUGUUAGGUAAUCUUUAAAGAAAAAAAUAAUAAUAAAAGAGAAGAUAU